AUGUUUUCUAUCACUGAGACCAUAGCAGGUCGCAUAUGGAUGUCUUGUUUCGGUAUCCAACUGAUUUCUCUCUAUCUCUUCCUUGUCUUCAUCCAUCUCUCUCUCUCUCUCUCUCUCUCUCUCUCUCUCUCUCUCUCUUUAUACUCUCACUCUUUCUGUCUGUCUCCCUUUCUCUCACACUCUCUCUCUCUGACAGAUUCAUCACCUAAUUGUUACUUUCACUCACUUUCUCUCAUUCUCCUUCUUUCCUUCAAUACUUCCUUUCUUUUCUGCUUCUCUUACUUUCCACCCAAUCCCUCUUAUUUUCUAUCCCUCUUCCUUUAUCUCAUUUCCUCCUACUUCCUUUCUUCUCCUAUUUGGUUACUCCUCUCCCUUUCACUACUACUCCCUUUCUUUUCUGCUUCUCUUACUUUCCACCCAAUUCCUCUUAUUUUCUAUCCCUCUUUCUUUAUCUCAUUUCCUCCUACUUCCUUUUUUCUCCUAUUUGGUUACUCCUCUUCCUUUCACUACUACUUCCUUAUUUACUACUAUCUCUUUGAUUCCUCCUACUCAUCUUCCUUUCCUCAACACAUCCUACUGGCUUUACUCGUCUCCUUCUACUUUUUAUUUCAUGCAGAUUUUUUUCCCCAUUCUCCUCCCACUUCUUUUUUUUUCCUACGUCUCCUCCUACCACCUUUUCUGUCUUUCAUUCUCCUUCUCAACCGCUUGGCUCAUAUCUUCCUUUAA